CCGGGUCGUCCAGGUCGGGUGACAAAGAGACGGUUUCCUGGGGCCACCCCCACCCCUAGGCAGCCCGCACCCCAGGGCCUGAAGAUGCUGAGAUCUAUGUGGAAUUUUCUCAAACGUCACAAAAAGAAAUGUAUCUUCCUGGGCACGGUCCUCGGAGGAGUAUAUAUCCUGGGGAAAUAUGGACAGAAGAAAAUCAGAGAAAUACAAGAAAAGGAGGCUGCAGAAUAUAUUGCCCAAGCACGACGACAAUAUCAUUUUGAAAGUAACCAGAGGACUUGCAAUAUGACAGUGCUGUCCAUGCUUCCAACACUAAGAGAGGCCUUAAUGCAGCAACUCAAUUCUGAGAGCCUCACAGCUCUGCUAAAAAACAGGCCUUCAAACAAGCUGGAGAUAUGGGAGGACCUGAAGAUAAUAAGUUUUACAAGAAGUAUUGUAGCUGUAUAUAGUACCUGUAUGCUGGUGGUUCUUUUGCGAGUCCAGUUAAACAUUAUUGGUGGAUAUAUUUACCUGGAUAAUGCAGCAGUUGGCAAAAAUGGCACCACAGUCCUUGCUCCCCCAGAGGUCCAACAGCAGUAUUUGUCAAGUAUUCAGCACCUCCUUGGAGAUGGCCUGACAGAAUUGAUCACUGUCAUUAAACAAGCUGUGCAUAGGACUUUAGGAAGUGUCUCUCUUAAACAUUCUUUGUCCCUUUUGGACUUGGAGCAAAAACUAAAAGAAAUCAGAAAUCUCACUGAGCAGCAUAAGUCUUCUUCUUGGAUUAAUAACGAUGGAUCCAAAUCUUUGUUAUGCCAUUAUAUGAUGCCAGAUGAGGAAACUCCAUUAGCAGCUCAGGCCUGUGGGCUUUCUCCUAGAGAUGUUACCACUAUUAAACUACUCAAUGAAACUAGAGACAUGUUGGAAAGUCCAGAUUUUAGUACAGUCUUGAAUACCUGUUUGAACCGAGGUUUUAGUAGACUGCUAGACAAUAUGGCUGAGUUCUUUCGACCUACUGAACAGGACCUGCAGCACAGUAACUCCAUGAAUAGUCUUUCCAGUGUCAGCCUGCCUUUAGCUAAGAUAAUACCAAUAGUAAAUGGACAGAUCCACUCGGUUUGCAGUGAAACACCUAGUCAUUUUGUUCAGGAUCUGUUGAUGAUGGAGCAAGUGAAAGACUUUGCAGCUAAUGUCUACGAAGCUUUUAGUACUCCUCAACAGCUGGAGAAAUGAGUUUUUUCUUUCAAAAAAACCUAUAGUGGAAUCAAUUUACUUUUAAAAAUACACUGAAUAAGUCAGCUAUCUAUAUAGAGUAAUGAUUUGUUACCAAAAUGCCUAAUAAAAAUAUUCUUAAAGUCUUCGUUCAUAAUAAAACAGAUUUAUUUGUCAUCUUAAUAUAUUUUUUUAAAGUCAUCAAUGGACUAGUUUUUUGGGCAUAUCUGAGUAUACACAGCACAUAUAUCAGAAUUUGUUACACCAUGGAUAUUAGUUCCAAACUGACUGAAAACUAAUGUAGAUACUUUUUUUGUAUAAUAUGAAAUUCAGUAUACUUUGACAUUAAUACUGAGGUAAAAUCUCUUUGGGAAAUAGGUGUGAAGUUUGGAAAGUAUGCUGUUUAAUGAAUCAUAAAGUUCAUUGGGCUGCAGCAUACAGAAAUCAGACUUUUCUCCAGUUACUCUUCAAAGGAAAAAAUUAUGAGUCUUAAAUAUAUCUGAUGGAGGACUUUUCUUUUUAUGGAAAUCAGUGAAAUUAACAACCAUGAUCAGCAUUUCUUUACUGUUAAUCUUUAGAAAAUUACAUAGGGAUUUAGAGGCUAAAUCGUGUUGAUGCCAUUUAUUUGCAGCUAUUAACUACAUAGUGUAAUUCAUUUGUAUGUAAAUAAUUUUAAUAACUUACUUUGUAUUGAUUUUAAGCACAGUGGAUAUUGCAAUAAAAUAUUUUAGUAAAAUAUGGUUUUGUUAAUACUUUAUAGCCGUUAAUGUAUUCUGUUCCA